AUGGAUCGCAACGGGAACUUCGACUACCGCAACUUCUUCUACCCAGGUCCCGCCCCGCUGCCCGUGCAGGUCUACCCGGUGGGCGGCGACCCGCGCUUCCCCUUCAACUUCCCACCGGCCGCGGCCAACAUCAACAUGCCCGGCAGCGGCGGCAGGGACAUCACCACCGCCGACGACGCCGCCGACCAGAGCCCACCACCACCACCACCACCACCACCCGCCAGCACAGUAGCCAAGCGCGACUCCGCAGCCGCCUCCGCGACAACCACCAUGACCACAACCACCACGCCGCCCGAGAAGCUGUCCCACAUCGCGCAGGGCCUCGCGCACCUCCUGGGCGAGGCGAUAGCCUUCUGCGAGGGGUGCCUCAGGACGCACAGGGAGGUGGCCGCGGCGGCCCCCUUCGCGGGCCACGCGACGCGCAACCGGCUGUGGCGGGAGCUCCUCGAGGCGCGCUUCGAGGCGGACGGCGUGCACAAGGACCUGCUGCACACGCUGGUCCCGCGCGCCAGGCGGUACACGGCGCGGGCGCGGGAGGCGGUGGCGCGCGAGGCAGUUGGGAACGGAGAUGAGGACGAGGGAGACGAGCACUACAGGCUGGCGCUCGUGGCGGACAAGCUGCUCGCGCAGUGCGGCUGGGUCGCGCAGGUCAGCGGGAAGGCGCUGGGGAGCAGCGCGGCGUGUGAGAGCAUGGUCGAGACCAUGCGGGAGAUGGUGGUGCUGUGCGGCAAGAUUGGGCCUGAGGGUGGCGCGCAGGAGGGCCAGGGCGGUGGUGGCGCGCAGUACUAG